ACAGUCUUUUGUGUGUAAAAAUAGAAGCUCGGUGAUCCUCCACGCCAGCAGGGGUCAGACAAUGAAACACACUGAACAACAGCAAUAACAAAAAGAUCCAUCUGAUCAAGCAGAUUUCUCUGUGUGCUGUGGAGCAUCUCUGGAUGUAUACAGUUCCUCCAUUUAAACAGAAACUCUGGAUCCAGUUUCUCCUGAAGAGUCGUAGCACAACAACAAGACAACGAUGUCGGACGCUCUCAUCGUCACCUUCCAGUCCCAGCUCUCUAUAGUCAUGGAAACGAUUCUCAAAUCGGCCAUGUUCGAGAUCACCAAGCUGGUGGAGGACAGCUUCAUGGAGGAAGUGGGUCACGCCAAACAGGAGGUGGAGCUGCUGAUGAGACGGCUGCAGUUUUAUGAGAGUAAACUGAAAGAGAGGGAGAGGAGGGUGUGCUGUGUGGACUGUGGUAAAACUCCAAGCAGCGGUGAGAAAAGAGCAGAACAGCCAGCGGAAGCUCAUCCAGGUGCAGAUACUCUAUGUUUCAGCCUUAGCCUGAGGGAACAGUCUGGGAAAAGGCCUCCAUUCAGUGAAGUGUGGAGAUCUGCAGAGGGUUUAGAUUCAUGCCCACCUCCAGAGACUCAUACGCAGCCUCAUGCUCCAACUCAUGCGCAGACUCAAGCGCCGGCUCAAGCGCAGACACAUACUCAGGCUCAUGUCCUCACACAGAAGAAGACAGACACACCUGAACAGAGCAGGAAGCAGGAUUCUGUAACUAACACCUCAGUGCAGCUUCCUCAGCAUGUAUUACAGAAGCUCCUCCCCAAUCCAGCAGUGACGGGAAACCACGAGCACUGUUCCAGCUCCAAACCCAGAGAAAGUCACCAACACAAGACGCCUGGGAUUGACUUUAUUCCCAGUAACGAAAUAGAUUUGACCCAGUCUAACAGGUUAAUGCAGAGUAUAGCAGAGAAAGAUGUGGCUGCUGAGCUGUCGUGCUCUCCACCCUCUCCUGCUAUGAAACUGGAGUGUGAGCCAGACCUGCUUCCUAUUAAAGAAGAGGAGGAGAUGCUGCCAGUGUGGGAUUGCACAGACGACAGCGGUCCAGCAGAAAGUGAGCUGAACCGCAGAGACCUCGGAGGACCGUGGAACCAUGAGGAAACACAGGUAGAUAAUUUUCCAAAUCUAACUACUGUCAACAUGCCAGAUCCAACUUCAUAUUUAAUGUCCUAUUCAGUCAAGUGUAACCCAGGGAUGUCUGAAGGCAUCAAGGAUGAGCCUGGUCAGUCGGUUCACCUUGCUGUGGCUUCCUUUCCUGAGACAUCCAGUUCACUUGAACAGUUUGAAAGUGGACCCUUUCAAAGUUUUCCACAAGGUGUUAUGGUCCCUCAGGAGCUCGGAUCAGAUGGGCGGGGAUACCCCCCUGUUUCACCCCCUCAUCAUUCUCCCCAGAACGAGCGUCUUCAGGUGUGUGAUAAUCUCCGUAUCAAGAAACCGCACAGUUGCGUCAACUGUGGCAAAUCCUUCGCUCGGGUGGGUCACCUGAGGGUCCACAUGCUUACCCACAAGGGUAAGAAACCCUUCAGCUGCCUCCAGUGCAACAAGACCUUCGUGCACAACUUUGAGCUGAAGGACCACGAGCGGCAGCACACGGGAGAGAGGCCCUACGUCUGCGGCCACUGCGGCAAAAGCUUCACCAGGCUGGGCAACUUCAAGCAGCAUCAGAACAUCCACACACAGGAGAGGCUCUUCAACUGUAACUACUGCGGCAUGACCUUCAAAAGAUCCACUCACCUAAGGGUCCACCUGAGAAGACACAGCCGAGCGGGGAAGAGCUGUCCCUGCCGUCAGUGCGGGAAGACCUUCGUGUGCGUCAAGCAGCUGAAGGGCCAUCUCAUGAAAGUACAUGGAACAACAAUGAACUGAGGAACCGAUUCAAGUCUUCGAGUCUAUGCAUAAAUGAUUGAUUAUUAAAUCUUCUGGCAUUUUAUUCUAAAUAAGAUUUUCUUUUUCUUAGAUGCAGAAAAAGAAAAGGCACAGAAUAUAAGCUAUACGCUGAUGUCAUUUUUUAGAGAAUGCCUGCAAAUCGCAGGACAUUACAAAUGCUGAUGAUUACAAAAGCCAUCUUUUCUCCCUCAAAGGAGAGAGAUUUUUAGAUUGAAAAAUAUAUAGAGAAUAUUUUUCAGUGUGGAGAGUGCAUGAUCUAAGAGGUUCUGGGGGGAAAAAAACACCACAUAGUACCUAGAGGCAUUUUUUUAAACAAUUACUUUUUUUUUAACUUUAGAACAAAAAGUUUUUAGAUCUACAGAAAAGCAUUACCAUGCUGAAGAGACUCAAAACUGAUUUUUUGACCCUCGUUUUCAUGUAACAUAAAUGUGAAUGAAUGGUCAGAUCUAAUUUCAUGUGUGUUUUUCCCUCUAUGCAUGUGCUUAGUGCUGUCUGCAUCAGCCAGCACUGGUGCUGUGGUAAAUUCCGACUCCCUGACAGAACCUGACUCCCCUUUGCAUGCACAUGCAACACAGAGCAGUUAUUACUAAGGUGCAAACUUUCCCACCAGGACAGAAGCCAACUCUGUAUAAGAUCUACCAUAAAAUAAAUUUUUACUUAAACUAACCCUGGAAAGCUGUUGGAAUACUUAUUGCUUACUGGUUUAAAAGCACAUAUCUGAACACUCCCUUACCCCCAAAGACCUAACACCUAACAAAACCGCUCCUGCCAGGAAAAUAGCCUAUGAGCUGUUUUGCUGUUAAACCUCCAUUACUACUACUAAUUCACAAGAGAGACACAACAGAACAUCACUUGCAGGGAGUCGGAUUCUGGUGGGGAGUCAGAACUCAGCACAUACAGUCAUAUGAAAAAGUUUGGGCACCCCUAUUAAUCUUAACCAUUUUUAGUUCUAAAUAUUUGGGUGUUUGCAACAGCCAUUUCAGUUUGAUAUAUCUAAUAACUGAUGGACUCAGUAAUAUUUCAGGAUUGAAAUGAGGUUUGUUGUACUAACAGAAAAUGUGCAAAAUUAAACCAAAAUUUGACCGGUGCAAAAGUAUGGGCACCCUUAUCAUUUUAUUGAUUUGAAUACUCCUAACUACUUUUUACUGACUUACUGAAGCACAAAAUUGGUUUGGUAACCUCAUUGAGCUUUGAACUUCAUAGCCAGGUGUAUCCAAUCAUGAGAAAAGGUAUUUAAGGUGGCCAAUUACAAGUUCUCCUAUUUGAAUCUCCUCUGAAGAGUGGCAUCAUGGGCUCAUCAAAACAACUCUCAAAUGAUCUAAAAACGAAGAUUGUUCAACAUAGUUGUUCAGAGGAACGAUACAAAAAGUUGUCUCAGAGAUUUAACCUGUCAGUAUUCAAAUCAAUAAAAUGAUUAGGGUGCCCAUACUUUUGCACCGGUAAAAUUUUGGUUUAAUGCAUAUUGCACAUUUUCUGUUAGUAAAAUAAACCUCAUUUCAAUCCU